AGCGGGUGAACAUGGGCUCCUCACACUCCGAACUGAAGGAACAGGAGGUGGAAGAUCUGGGAAAUAAAACAGGCUUUUCACAGGAGCAGAUCCUAAACAUACACAAACGAUUUAAGAUCCUGACCCACAAUGACGACACCUUAAGGAAAGAAGACCUGGAGAACAUCAGUGAUUUGGCAGCCAACCCUAUUCGAAGCCAGAUUAUCAGUGCUUUCUUUGAUAAAAGGAACUUUUGUCGGAAUGAAGUGGGCACUGUGGAGGAGAUCAACUUCGAGGAGUUCCUCACCGUGAUGUCCUACUUCAGACCACUGAAACAGAACCUGCCCGAAGAGGAACGAAAGAGGAUCAGAAAGGAGAAACUACGAUUUCUGUUCAACAUGCAUGACAAAGACAACGAUGGCACCAUCACACUGGACGAAUACAAGCGGGUGGUUGAAGAGUUGCUGUCCAACUCCCCUGGCAUUGAGAUGGAAACUGUGAAGGACAUUGCCGACGCUGCCAUGCUCGAAGUGGCGAACGUGACUAUGGGUGAAAUGGCUCCUGAUGAGAUUUACGCGGGAAUCACAUUUGAUCACUUCCUGCAGAUUUUGAAGGGUGUGGAGAUCGAGUCGAAGAUGCACAUUCGCUUUCUGUACGUGGACACGGCGACCAUGAACUGUACGAAGUGA